CCCCAAGUUGCCCCUAUCAGGUUGAAGGCUAGGAGGGUUCCAUUCGCCCUAAAGCCCAAGAUUGACCGGGAACUGGACAAACUAGUAAACCAGGGGAUACUAGUACCCGUUGAUCACACAAAAUGGGAGACACCUAUAGUCACCCCAGUCAAACCGGACGGGUCGGUCCGGAUUUGUGCUGACUAUAAGGCAACAUUAAACAAAGCUUUGCAGAAGAGUGCAUACCCCGUCCCAGUAGUGCAACACUUACUGCACUCGUUGGGACAAGGGCAAGUUUUCGCCAAACUAGAUUUGGCUCAAGCCUAUCAGCAAUUACCAGUAGAUAGCAGCACAGCCGAAGCGCAAACCAUUGUCACGCACCGCGGCGCAUUCAAAUGCACCCGGCUCCAAUUCGGGGUGAGUGUAGCCCCGGGGCUGUUUCAGAACCUAAUGGAGCGACUAUUGCAGGGUCUACCCGGGGUGGUACCGUAUUUUGACGAUGUAUUGGUAUCAGCCGAAAAUUUAGUGGAACUAGGGGUACGACUGAGGAAAGUUUUGGGCAUUUUCAGGUCUGCCGGGCUUAAAGUUAAGCUGAAUAAAUGCCAAAUCGGGGUAGGAUCCGUAGAAUUCCUGGGCUACAGAAUUGACAGGGAGGGGAUUCACCCCACGGAGAGCAAGGUGCGGGCCAUCAGGAAGGCCCCAGCCCCCAAAAAUAAAACGGAGUUACAGGCAUUUUUGGGUCUGGUCAACUUCUAUGCGGUGUUCCUCAAGAACAAGGCAACAAUAGCCGAACCGCUGCAUAAGCUACUGGCAAAGAAUGCUGCGUGGUCAUGGGGGAAAGCGGAAACUAAGGCAUUUGAAGGGGUAAAAAACCUGGUGUCUAGUGAUAGCCUCCUUAUUCAAUACAACGGCACGUUGCCAUUAGUACUGGUCUGCGAUGCAUCUCCCUACGGGGUGGGGGCUGUGCUCAGCCAUAGGUUACCGAAUGGAACAGAAGCCCCUAUAGCAUACUACUCCCGAACAAUGUCCUCGGCCGAAAGGAACUACAGCCAGCUGGAUAGGGAGGCAUUGGCUAUAGUCUCAGGGGUAAAGAAAUUUCACGAAUAUGUAUUCGGCCGAGAUUUUGAAAUAGUGACGGACCAUAGACCCCUGUUGGGACUCUUAGCGGGCGACCGUCCUACGCCCGUUGCACUUUCACCCAGACUGACCCGAUGGACUAUCUUCCUGGCAGCAUACUCUUAUAGACUGAUCCACCGCCCGGGAAAGGAGAUGGGGCAUGCGGACGCUCUGAGCAGAUGCCCGUUACCAGAGACUAUCGAAGAUCCAGCCCCUGGGAUACCCGUCCUACUGAUUGACUCUUGGGACUCUGGCCCUGUCACUUCCAAGGAAGUGGCAAGGGCGUCUUACAAGGACAUUACCAUAAGGACUUGGGGGGAUAGGGUGGUUAUCCCGGAGAAAUUACGGAAAAAGGUACUAGAACUGUUACAUGUGGGCCACCCGGGUAUAGUUCGGAUGAAGAGUUUAGCAAGGAGCUAUGUGUGGUGGCCCCAGAUGGACAAAGAAAUUAGUGACGAGAUAGGGAGAUGUCAACCCUGUCAAGAGUCGAGGCCACUACCCCCCACGGCCCCUAUCCGAGAAUGGGAGAAACCACAGGGGCCAUGGUCUAGGAUUCACAUAGAUUUUGCCGGGCCAUUUCAUGGGCAAACCUUUUUAAUCGCAGUCGAUGCCUACUCAAAAUGGUUAGAAAUCAUUCUAAUGAAAUCCACAACGGCAGAAGCUGUCAUCUCAGUCCUGAGACACCUAUUCGUAACCCAUGGGUUGCCCGACACCCUGGUAUCCGACAACGGCCCGCAGUUCACGGCAACACAGUUUGAGGGGUACUUAGCGGAGGAGGGCAUCAGACAUGUCCUCUCGGCGCCUUUCCACCCGGCGACGAACGGACUUGCAGAACGUUUCGUUCGGAGCGCUAAAGAAGCACUCUCUAGAAUAAGGCCAGCUAUCAAGGAACUUCACAGAAGUAGAAUGGACCUUGAAAAUGUGCAGAAAAUGGUAACUAUAAAUAGUGAAACAGAAAUGAAUGCAAGAGAAAUUAAAUCUGACACCAUAACACAGAAUGGACAAGGUUCCUUUGUGGUGGAUAUAGAAGAAGCACAAGAUUAUUUACCAGAAAAUAAAUUUCUGUUGGAAGUGAAAACCAAUCUGGAACAGAUCAGAUCAUCCUUGCAGAAGCGAGAGACAGAGCUCAAGGAUCUUCUCCAAACUGAACAUUGGUGCAACCCUCAAAUUACAGAAACAGAAAUGAUACAAUGA